AUGAAGAAAUUUGGAUUGGAUAAUGCUAGUCACAAAAGAACUCCUGUUCCUACUCACUUAAAGGUAUCUAAAGAUAUGAAUGGCACAAGUGAGUAUGGAAUGUUGUAUUCCCAUGAUUCAAAUUCUAUGUUAGUGUGGUAUUGUGAUGCUGAUUGGGCUGGUAGUGUUGAUGAUAGAAAGAGUACCUCUGGAGGAUAUUUCUUCUUGGGAAACAAUUUAAUUUCAUGGUUCAGCAAGAAACGAAAUCGUAAGAAAGUUACACCUUCUGUGUCUAAAAAUGUCAAGACUUCCGAUAAGUCUUCUGAACCUAUAAUCCCCAGUAAAGAUAAAACUGUUGUUGAAGAAGAAUCUAGGUCUAAAGGGUCUGAGAUGAGAAACCCUACUAUGCAUGCUGACGACACUGAGAAUCCAACGAAAGAGGAAAGGAGUGCCAUUGAUAAGGAAUUUAGGAAGUUUGUUACAUGUGUUUUGAAGGAAGUGAACUCAGAUGUUUCUCCAGAUGUUCAAACAUCUUUGGCAAAAGAAUCUAGCCCUAACAAUGAUUCUAGUGAAAAAGCUGAGGAAAGCAUUCCUGAACAUGAUGCUCUUGAAAGAAGGAGUAAGAAGAAGGAAGAUGGGUGUGUCCCUGAGCAUGCUGCUCAUGAGAGAAGAAGUAAAAAGAAAGCUUAUCAUGUUGUCAAUGCUGAUGAACUAACUUCUGAUGAAGAACCCCUUACCAAUAUUGUAACUCCUAGUAUAGCCAAGAGGCUGCAGAUAUGUAAAGGAAAGGCAGUGGUGUUUAAAGAUUCUCCCUCAAGGGAAAUGAAAAGAAAAUAUGGUGGUUUGAAAGGAACUCCUUCUAGAAGCUCCAUAGAAGCUGCUGGGUUGAUGAAGACUGUCACUAAAUUUGGCCCUUGCUAUGAAAGCUUAGUCAAGGAGUUUGUGGUGACUAUUCCUGAUGGGUGUGAUGAUAUGAAAAAUUCUUACUAUUGGAAGGAAAAAACAGAAGAACCUCGGGCUGAGCUAGAGGUUACAGAUGACCAGGUGUGCAAGGAGAUAACUGCCAAGCAGGUCAGACACUGGCCAAACAAAAGGAAGCUAUCCGCUGGAAAGUUGAGUGUCAAAUAUGCUAUCCUUCAUAGGAUUGGGACUGCCAACUGGGUGCCCACUAAUCACACCUCAACCAUCUCUACUGGUCUUGGUAAGUUUAUUUAUGCUGUUGGGACAAGAAGAGCGUUUGAAUUUGGAAAAUACAUCUUUGUGAAAAUGACAAAGCCUUCUCUACUGUUGUAA